AGAAGAGCAGGUCCUGUGAGCCCAGCAAGUUGACCAUUUGACUUGAAGAAACCGCGUUAAACCGUCUCAAACGCGUCAUAAGAUCUCGCAACUGUCAGAAAAUCUUGGUAUUUGCUUGCUUCAGGCCCAUUACAUGCCCAAAUCAUGUUCGAAAUUUGAAAUUUGAAUAGCGCUGAUCUUUAGUCGAAUAUUAUUUGAUUUCCAAACCUCUCUCUUUUCACAAUUUGCAAUUUCUUCAUUCUCUCUCUCUCUUUCUUCAUUCUCUUUCUCUGUGAAAGUGAAACCCAGUUGCGUUUGAGCUCACUAACGAAUUCAAAAUCAGCGAAACCCUAAAUCCACCCACCCACUCUCUCAUUCUGAUCGAUCGAUUUUCAAUUGAUCGCCUUUUCACUUUCCUCAAUUUGUUUUUUUCUUUUCUGAGUUGUUGUUUCUGUGAUUUGAAGAGUUGUGUUCUGGGAAUGAAGGGGAAAAUGGAAGGUGAUUUUCAGUUUGGGUCGAAUUCAAAUUCUUUGGAUCUUCUCUCUGAGGUUGCAGUUGUUGUCAAAAAUUGGGAGGAAGAAGAUGUUGAGAAGGCCAUGUCCAUGGCUGUGAGAAGCCGCUGCAAUCCACUUCAGGGAUUUGGGUUUGAUGGGUAUUUGGUUCCUGACAGGGCCACGAUCAAGAUAACGAGUAGGGUUAGGGUUUCAUCAUCAUCAUCAUCAUCAUCUGCCUUGGAUAUGUUGCUUCAAGUUACAAGCAAUGAAUUGAUGGAGUUGGAAAAAGCCAACACCUUCAGUUGCAUAUGCAUACCGAAGAAGAAAAGAACAAGUCUGAGGAGGGGGAGGACAAUGCUAACUUCCUUUCCAUGCUCUUCUCAUGAUUCCAUCCCACUCCAUCAGAUACCAAGGAAGAAAAGGUCCAAUCUGAGGAGGACUAAAAGGGCUUUCUUGCCAGAUUUUUCUCAUGAUUCCACCGUCCAAGUUAUAAAAAAGGCUAUGCAAGAAUUAGAAAGGGUUUUGGCAGAGAAGGGUACUGUUGACUUCACACUCUUCCCACUCAACGACAUUUGCAUACCCAAGAAGAAAGCUGCCAAAGUGAAUGCAAUGGAGCUCUGCUCAUUCCGGCUUAACUCCCCUUCCUGUUCAAGUACUUCUUGCAUCAGCCAGGACUGUUAGUGCACUGCAUACAUAUCAGGAGUAAGGUCUUUUAGUUUUGUUAUAGAGAUUCUUUGGGUUUCUUGCUUCUGAAACCAAUUCAUUAAUUGAUUAAAGUGUAAAUCAUUAUAUAUAGUUGAUUGAAUUUAAUUGUUCUAUUUUUCUUAUAAAGGAUUGAAUUGUAUGUUGUUAUCUCUUCAAUGGAAUGAAUCUUCAAUGGGGUUCUGUGCAUACUCAAAUUGAGGCAAGUUUUUCUCUUUUGCUUUCUCAUUUUCGCAUGCUAUUCUGUCUGCCUGUCCAUUUUUAUAUUCUUUUCCUCAUUAAUUCAUGCUUCAUAUUUGGAAUUGAAAUUUUUUAAUUAGAUUAUGCAUACGUUAAUUUCUAAUUAUUUGGUUGGCUAAUAUCAUCAUUCUACUUAUGGAGGAGAAGAGAAGAGCUAUCUUCUUUAUUGUCUCAUAAUUUUUUAAUCUGUGGCUAAUAUUUGCGUUUGGUACCUUUUGUGCAAUUUUGUUAUUGUGUCCCACAUGGCUUUCAUGUUUUUUUGGGUCAAGUAAAAACAGCUAAGCAAUGCAAAAAUCUCUAUUUUGGUUAACUGGGGUAUAAUUUUGACAAACAUGAUACAAUAUUCAUGAAGGAUCAACUUUUGAGUCUUGGAUCAUCUAGUUUAGUACUUUCAGCUAGAUUGGAUGAUUUGUUUGGUGAUUAUGUAGCAAUUAUAGUUUGAAAGAGGAACUACAGAGGCAUGAGCAAGAAAUGUCAUGUUGGUGCAGUUAAUAGCAUAUUUUUUGACCUUUAGUCAAUUUGCAAUGUAAAUUGUAAACAGCAUAUGGUUCUGGACUAUGCUCUGUUUACAAUCAAUCAAACAUCCAACACCUUAGAGGAUGCUAGUUCUUCUUACUGUUCAGUAUCAGUACAAGUUGUUGACUUUCAUCCUUCAACCUCUGUAAAACUUAGACGUAUUUCUGAAUAUCUUUGUUACAGUGCGUUAGUACUCUUUCCAUGGAGCUGUCCCUUUCUAUGGAAUUAGGCUCAGAAAAUCUGUAUAAUUAAGCUCAUCACAAGUAUAGAAAGUGGUGAAUUUGUAUAAUUCCCCACUCCGUGAAUCUGUACAAUUAUGCUCAUUACUGGUAUAGAAGAACUGUCCCUCCACAAAGAAAAUUUGUAUAUUUAGGCUCUGGAAUGCUAUGUGGUGAAUUUCAACUCUUUCACUAACCAAUCUUCAACUUUCCUUUGAUUAUUACUUGAAGAACUGGAUUAAUUGUCAUAUCUGAAAGUGCAGCUUGUCCUUUGUAAUUCUUGAGCAAUUCUUCUCUGUGGUUCUGAUUUCUACUUCCUUUCUUGAGCAAUGAGGAAGAAAAAGGAGCCAACCAGUUCACUGCCUCAGUGAAGAAGUCGUUCAGAAAAUGCAAAUGAGAAUUAAGCACCAGUGGAGAGCAUUUCUCGUAAAUGAGGUAAGAUUCUUAUAAACAACCAAAACUAAUCUCAAAAUUCAAAAUUAUGCUGUUGAAGAUAAGAUAAUUUUUUAGCUCGCAAUCAGACAUAUCACAUGGACCUCUAGUUGAAUUCUUAUAGCCACCAAUAGUGACAAGCCUAAGCUCAUGAGUCUGUUUGGAGAGCAAUGAACAGCAGAGUAAUGAGGAUGAAACGUCUAUUGGUGCAGUGCAUAGCAUAUUUUUUGACCUUUUGACAAUUUGAUUUCUAAGCAGCAUAUCCUGCUCUCUCUCUCCCUCUUCAUUUAUUUUUCUCUCCAACCUUCUCAGAUUCAUCUCACUUGUUGAGGCUAUCAAAUAUCUGUUAUCUGCGUGGUGCAACAUUUCUGUGCAUAUACUAUGUUCGCUGCAUUGAAAGUCUUGUUUACCUGAUUGUUCUUGUUGUUAGGUCUCUCUUUAUCCCCCUCCCCCUUUCCUCUUUUCCUGAUCUUCUCGCUUUCAUCUCAGUUUUUGAGGCUUUCGGGUAUCGGUUGUGUGCUUGGUGCAGGAUUUCUGUACAUGUACUAUGCUCACUAUACAAGGGAAGUUUCUCUAGAACUUAAUAUUGAUCUAUAUUUUGCUAUGAAAUGCAAAUCUUAUGCAUCCAAAUCCUUCAAGGUGGCUAAGCAUUUUAAAUGUCUUGGAUGGUCUCCCAGGUUUACGUUGUUUUUCAGCUGAUCAUAUGAAUUAUCUUGAUUGAUGAUUAUGUAUGGACAACUUGUCUGUCUUUCCUUGUAUGUUUAUUAAACUUUAAGCUCUCUUGUAUGAAAAAAGAGGUUCGGUGUAUUCUUACCUUGUUGGGUGAUGUGUUGGGAUUUCAUCUCAAAAGUAAAUUUAUAAUUGAAAUUAUUUCUUUUGAAAGGUUAUAUUCGACACAUGAUUGUUAUUUUUUUUUUGGAACUCCUGAACGUGUUUGAAAGAUUUUGCAGGGAUUUCAUCUCAAAAGUAACCUUGUUUUUUGUUUUUGUUUUUUUUUUUUGCUAAACAAAGAAUAAAUUCAAUUUGUUGCAAACCUUGUUUCUAUGUUUUUUUUGCUAAACAUAAUUCGCAAUGUUUUUAAGUUCCUAUGACUUUCACUUGGUAACAAUUUCAAGAAUAAUCAAAACAAGAAACCUUUGAUUAAAAAUUGGUCAACCUUGAUUAAAAAAAGCAAAAAAGAAAAAAAAGCUAUUCAACCUUAGCUAAUGAAAAAUAAACAUAUGUUAAUUUGGGUGCACAAAUAACACAAGCAUAUGUUAAUUGUCACGCAUUCCUCAUCCUAAAUUGGUCCAAUGCGCCCCUCUUCAGGUCAUUAAGUUAUUUUACUUGUCAUGCCUUCACAAUGAUGCAUUGUUCUACAUUCAAUUAAGUGUGAAUCUCAUUUAUGAACUAUCAACUCAAAUAUAAACAUGAGUCUAAUUCAUAAAGACUUGACGUGCAGGUAAACACUGGUACCUAAAAGACAAACAAAAUAGAUAAUUCUUUUUAUUUCCAACAAGGUUUGUGGAAUGGCUCUUUUGAUUUGAAUUGAUUACAUGAGAUAUGGGAGGAAAUUAAUUAAGUAAUACCAACAGGGUUUGAAUAUAGAAACUGUUAUCUGAUCCUACUGUCUACAAACUGUUAUCUAAUGCUAUUGUCCGUGUAGAAGCCAAUGUGAUAUGUGCCGUAUUACAAUAAGUUUUGUAAAAACUCACCCGUCGUCUAAAUGUACAAUUUGAAAAGUAUUUAAACUGAUGAGGCCAUUUAGCUACGCUACCGUUCAUCUAAAUGUAUUGAAAACUAUUUAAACCGAUGGGGCCAUAUCUAAUACCGAUCAUGGAAAAACACAUAUUUAUGUUAUGAAUUAUUAUUAUUAUUUUUUAAUCUUAUCUUGCUCCUCA